AUGGUUACCUUUUUUAAGUUGGAUUCCAAUAAAAUCACUGCGAUAAUUUCGUUGGAUGAUAAAGAAUAUUUUGUGCGUAAGCCAACUUUCACGACACGACCAACGCAACCACCGCCUCCGCCACCUUCAGCAUUAUUUUCUCCAAGAUCCAAACUAAGACAGGAAGUCUUGCCGAUUACAAAUAACUUGGACAAUUUAUCUUCGAGUACUCGAGUGCCCCCAAUACCCAUAAAACCCCCAAAUUUAUCUACCAAAAUGCUUAUGAUUGCAGAGGAUGACACAUAUGAAGUACCGAAUACAACUAGAAAAAGGUACGCUAUAUUUUUAAUCAUUAUUAUUGAUUAUUAA